AUGAGCGCGACUCCUCGCCUUCGGUCUGGGUUCCCAGCAACGCCAGCUACCGGUACUCGUCGACAAAGCGCGCAAAAAACUCCGUCUACGGUCGACACAGUUUCCUCGCAAUCCACCACGGCCAAGUCGCCCACCCUUCCUCUUGCGCCGGAAAAUGUCUCCUCGCAGCGAACGACCAGCGAGCCGGUCAUUCCUCUGUACUUCCUUGAUGCUCCUCAACAACGACUCUACGCCUUCGGGGUGUACGUGCUGUUGUGGGCCUGGAAACUGUACGAUUGGCUUCAAGUCAUCGAAGACGGCGAUUCUUCUUGGUGGCUUUUUCUGAAGUGGAUUUUCAUCGAUUUCGCCUUUCUUUUCGGGUUGCCCGAGCUCAGAAUACCUUGGCUGGAGCUUUCCCAGUUUUUGGUCACAACGCUAUUCACAGGCCAUCUUGUUCUUAACUACAUGUUGAUGUUUAAUAUUCCUUUGCCAUGGCAAACCUGGCUACUUGGUCUUGCCAAGGUGUUGUAUGAUCGCGAGAUUUCUAUAUCCGAGCACAAUGUCAAGGUUUCCAGCAUUCUCAACAACCACUCUUUAAUAAUGGGAAAACAAAUCAUAAACAUCCUCCCCGAGGGUUCUGCCGUCCUGAAUCCCGAGGGUAUUCCCUAUUGUCUAGGCCAAAAGGACAAGACAGGGGUUUCACUGCCGAUCUACUUUAACGCCACUGUGCCCGCCGAGAUCGAAAUUGCUCGGUUCGACAUCGAGACGAAUACGGAGGAAACCAUCAAAGUCUCCAGUCGCGAGAUUCACAAAGUUGCCAGAGCCAUCCGUGACCAAAGUGCAGACCCGAACACGAUUGGAUUCAAUUGGCAAUUUCGUGUGAAGAAACCCGGUGUCUACCGGCUCGGCAAAGUUCUGGACGAGUAUAAACUCGAGGUGCAGCGUGCUAUCAAGGAGACAUACGUGGUUCCUUGUCCGGAGGCCAGAAUCCUCGCUUCCGACUCGGCUCAGCGAUGUAUUCGGGACCUCUCCGACCUCUCGCUUGAAGUUGUCGGCACUCCGCCACUCAAGAUAAUGUACAGUCGGGCGGUCAACGGGAAGAACCAUGAUUUUCGAUUCCAAAGCCUGCAGCCCGAAGGUUUUGUCUCGCCGCUGAUUGCCGGAGCAAACGAAGCUGCCGACGGUGAAACUGAUAACUUCUCCUGGGUCCGUCCCGCCAAGGUCACCGUCGGCCUCAACGAGUCUCUUACGUCUGCUGGAGAAUGGGAGUACUCAGUUGACGAGGUUCACGAUGCUUUCGGUAACGUCGUCAAGUAUGCAAAAUCUGGGCAAGAUGCAGAAUCAGGCAACCCCAAGGGCUUGACCCAGAGCUUCACGGUCAGGCAACGGCCCAAGAUCCGUAUGGAUGGGUGUGAUCUCAGAAGACCGUUGAAGGUCGCCAAAGGCAGUGCGAAAGAAAUGCCUCUGAAGUUUGCUCUUUCGGGUCCGGUUGAGCAUACCUCUCAUAUGAUCACGUGGGAAUUUUCGCCCCUAGAUACUCUAAGCAGCAGCGGAGACCAUGGCGACAAAUCAUCCGUUUUCAGUCAUUCGGCCAAAAACUCCAGGGAUCAUCCUCUCAUCUCCGAGCCUGGUCUGUACACCCUCAAGUCGGUAUUUAGCGGAUCCUGCGAAGGCGAAGUGGACGAACCGUCUUCCUGCCUGUUGCUCAACCCGUUGGAGCCACACCUCUCAAUCCGGUCCGAAGAUAUCCCCGACAAGUGUGCUGGAAACUCCAUAGGCCUGCGCGUCAAUCUUGAUCUUGUGGGCACUCCGCCGUUUGACAUUCGUUAUGAGAUCACCUCGGAAGGCCAAGUCGAGCGCAAAACUCACCACGUGGCUGGGCUACGCUCACAGUUGGAGCUCAUCCCUAAGAGGGCAGGCCGUCACAGAUAUGUGUUCACAUCCAUCAGCGACGACGUGUAUAAAAACCUCGCCUUGCCUCCCCAGGACAACACGCUGGAACAAGAAGUCAAGCCAGCAGCAUCGGCUCGGUUCGUUCAAGCGCGGGAUGUGAUCAAUGCCUGCCUCGAUUCCGAGGUUGAGGUCAACGUUGUCCUCAAUGGAGAUCCCCCGUUCAACCUCGAGUGGGAAACAGUACAUGAAGGCAAGCGCCGAACCGAACGUGCCAACGGCCUGGUUGAAUACAGUUUCAGAAUCAAGACACCGGCCCUCACAAAAGGUGGGGAGUAUAUUUUGGCGCUCAGCAGCGUGCAAGACAAGCGUGGAUGUCGAACUUUUCUGCAGGAUCAAAUCAAAAUUGCCGUGCGACGCCAGAGGCCUCGUGCCGGGUUCGGGUCAAUGGAGAAGAAGAAUUCUGUUCGAGCUGUCGAAGAUUCUACCCUCAAACUGCCAUUACGCCUUCAAGGCGAACCUCCCUGGACCGUACAAUAUCGCAACUUGAACGAACCCGAAAAAGUACUCACCAACACUGCGACUGGUCCCAACGACCACCUUGAUGUCAAGUCCAAGGGUGUCUAUGAAAUUGUCGGGGUGAAGGACAGUCAGUGCCCGGGUACUGUUGAUCCAUCGGCUGCCACAUUCCAAGUGGACUGGUUUCCCCGGCCAAAGCUCUCCCUCGUCGAGACUGACAGCUUGAAGGGGAGCAAGCAAGGAUUUACCAAGCAAGACGUGUGUGAAGGUGAUAUUGACGGGUUUGAAAUCAACCUACAAGGCUCUCCCCCAUUCCAUCUUUCUUACGAGAUCAGACACGAGUCUCUCCAAGGCUCCAACUCCAUGACUCGGCGAGAGUUUGAUGCCGCUCUGUUCAAGACGUCGAUUUCCACGGACACAUCCAAGGCUGGCGAAUACACGUACACGUUCACCGGUCUCGAAGACAAUCUUUACAGCAGCGACAAAAAUCUGCAGCCUUUUGUGCUGCGGCAACGCGUCAACGCCAAGCCCACGGCGAAAUUCUCGAAGCCAGGUCAAUCCUUCAAGUACUGUAUGGAGGAACAGGACCACGAGGACAAAAUCCCCAUCGUCUUAACCGGGAUCGCACCGUUCUACGUAGAGGUUGAGAUAAAGCAUCAAUCCGGGUCAGGACCCGAAACAUAUCGAAUCCCCUCCAUCAGUUCCAACUCGUACGAAAUGCCCAUUCCAAGGGAGCACUUGCGCCUAGGGGUGCAACAACUGCGCGUCAGGCGCGUCCGUGACGCCAAGGGCUGUCAGCAAAAGUAUGAGAUGAAUGCCCCGUCGAUCCAGAUCCAGCUGUUCGACGCCCCUUCAAUCUAUGCUCUGGAAUCCCGCGAGGACUUUUGCGUGGGCGAGCGCAUCGCCUACACGCUUUCGGGGACGCCGCCUUUUGAUAUCUCGUACGAGUUCAACGGCCGCUGGAACGCCAAAUCUCCAACCACAAACUUUCGGCGCGUCGCAGAGAAGCCGGGUGAUUUCACCAUCACCAGCAUCUCGGACAAGGCCAGCGAGUGCCGCGCCGCCGUCAACCUCCGCAAGACGAUUCAUCCACUUCCCAGUGUCCAAAUCAGCCGUGGCAAACAAUCCAGGGUGGACAUUCACGAAGGCAGUGAAGUUGAUAUUCUGUUCGAGUUCUGGGGCACCCCCCCUUUCGAAUUCACCUACACAAGAAGCUCCAAUGCCAAAAGGGGCCAUAGGAGUGUCGUCCUCGAGACCAGGCACGACAUCUCCUAUGAACAUAGCAAAGUCAUCAAAGCCAGUCAAGAGGGCACAUAUGAAGUAGUAGCCAUCAAGGAUAAUUUCUGCUCCUUCUCGACUCAGCAAGUUGCGGAAAAGAAGGAUCGACGAUGA